CACAGGGUGAUGGGGGAGAACUGUGUGUGUGUGUGGGGGGGGGGUGCCCCUCCCCACUGACCCCGCUGGCAGGGGGGUUGGGGGGGGUGUCUGUGCCCGCAGGAUGCUGGCGCGGGGCCGGCGGCUGCUGCGCUGCUGGAAGCCGCUCUUCACCGGCCGCCUGCUCCUGCUGACCAACACGGUGAGCUGCGGCACGCUGCUGGCCACCGGCGACCUGCUGCAGCAGGCCUGGCACCGCCGACGCCACCCCGACGCCGAGGCCCAGGUGGCCCGCACAGGUCGCAUGUUCGCCGUGGGCUGCAGCAUGGGCCCGCUGAUGCACUACUGGUACCUCUGGCUGGACGCUGCCUUCCCGGCGCGGGGCGUGCGGGGGCUCAAAACCGUCCUGAAGAAGGUCCUCAUCGAUCAGCUGGUGGCGUCGCCCGCCCUGGGCGUAUGGUACUUCCUCGGCAUGGGCACGCUGGAGGGCCAGUCUCUAGAGGAGAGCUGGGAGGAGCUGAAGGAGAAAUUUUGGGAAUUUUACAAGGCUGACUGGUGCGUCUGGCCGGCGGCUCAGCUCAUGAAUUUCCUCUUCGUCCCACCCAAGUACCGGGUGGUUUAUGUCAACGUCAUCACGCUGGGCUGGGACACCUACCUCUCCUACCUCAAGCACCGGCCUGGCAGCCCCCCGAGCGCCGAGCGCGACUCGCCGCGGGAGACCCGGCGCGGUGUCGGGGUGUGAAGGGGAAACUGCAGCGUUUUUCGGAGGCUCCUGCCCGCCGCGAGUGGUUUUCUGGGCAUCGCCGCGGCCGCAGCUCAAUCCACCCAACGCAACGGCCGGGGACCACCGCGGCUCGCCGCAGCCUGGGCGGAUCUGGCUGAUUAACUCAUCUACUGAUUCAGCGAUGGGUUUGGGUAUUUAUAACGAAUCUCCUGUCGCAGGCGCGCCUGUAAAGCUGAUUAUUGGUUUUUUUUGUAUUCUUCCACAGAGCCCACGCUGCCGCAGCCACGCUUCGCCUUCAGCGCCCCGGGAAAGGCCCCCAGCGCUCUCCCCUCUGCUGCAGACAGAUUUUUUUUUUCCCCUUUUCCAGGGCAAGGCUGGCUCCUCGCUCCCCUCCAACACCCUCCGCUGCUUUUUCCUUGCAGAGCCAGCCCGUCGGAUCCCUGCCGUGCCCCUGCUUCGGCUGCCGGGCGGAGGGAUGUCGCUCCUCACCCUCUCCCUGCUCCUUCUUUAUCUGGGAGCUGAAGGGAGAAGCCGCUCGGCUCCUUUUCACUCCACCUUGCACCCACCUCCCCGGUGCCGCGCGUGGGCUCUGCCGGGCUGGGCUGCAGCCACCCAAUUUUUAUAAAAAUAGGGGUGUGAUCACGGCCGCCUGCUCGCCGCCGGCUGCCACAGUGGCAGAGCCCGCACGGAGGCGGUUGGGGGUUUUUAAGGCUUUUUGCAGGAUUCGGGCCGUAGAAUCCCCCUCCUCCCAGCCCUGGGCAAGCUGGACACUCACUCCAGAACCUGCCAACUUAUUUAUUUCCAGCAUCAAUGAAAGCUGCCUGAAUGUGAUUUUUUUUUAAUAUUUUUUUUUUUCCCUUUUUUCUAAAGCUGUGCCUUACUUGCAGCUCUGUCCUCGUCCCUCCUGCCACACACCCCCCCCAUGGUGGGACCAUCCCCCCCACCGCAGCACGCCAGGCUACGGCAGGAGCCAUUCGGUGAACGCUAAUUAAGAAACGAGAUCAUUUUCUUGCUCCUUUCUGGCAACAACCUCGCCAGCGCAGGGCCGAGGUUAUCACCCCCGAGAGAGGAACCAUCCUGCUGCCCCCCCCCACCUGCAACGACCCCCAGGGACCAGUGAUCAGCAUUGAUUUAUUUCUUCACAACAUUUCUUUUAAUACAGUGAUUUUUAGGAAAUUGUA